UCCCCGGCCGAGGCCGUGCAGGACAGGCAGGGACCGAGCUCGGCUCCCCUGCGGGCAGCAGCGGCCCAGCCCGGCUCCAGCCCAGCGCUGCCAGCCCGGCUCUGCCCGGGCGGGAUCCGGAGCUUUCCCCGGGCUCAGAACUUUGCAGGCUCCCCCUGCUUUUCCUUCCCAACAGGAUUUCUGCUCCAAACGCCCCGGGUUUCCUGUUCCCAGCUGGGCAAGGGGAGGGACUGCCGGCCUUGGGGCCUCACAAGCCGAGAGAGGAGGAGGAGGAGGAGGAAGAGGAGGAGGAGGAGGAGGAGGAUGGGUCCGUCCCCCCAGCGCUUGCCAGGCUCCAUGUCCCGCUCUGCACCGACACCAUCAUCCUCAUCCUCACCGCAUGGCAAUGAGGGAGCAGACUCUGGGCUGCCAAGUCAGUAGGGGGGAUUUAAUCUCUGGGGCAGAUGAAGAGGCUCUGAAGAGAUUGAAGAGGCUCUGAAGAGAUUGAAGAGGCUCUGAAGAGAUUCCUCUUUGCUGUCGACUCUUCCGGGGAGGGUUUUCCAGCAUGCCAGGCGCAGGAAAGGGGAAGGAGGAUGAAGAGCUGGAGGCUCCGGAGGCUCCAUCAGCCGGGAAGAGCCGAGGCUCAGGAGCAGCAGGCGCAGGGUGGGCGUGGGGAGUGGUGUUUCACUUCUUCCUGGUCAAUGUGCUCGUGAUGGGGACGCUCAAGACCUUUGGGAUUUUCUUCGUGGCUUUCCGAGAGGAGAUGGGGGGAUCUUCAGAGCAGCUCAGCUGGAUCGGCUCCAUCAUGUCCUCCCUGCGCUUCCUGGGAGCCCCGCUGGUGGCCGUGCUGUGCCGGCGCCUGGGAGAGCGCCCGACCUCCGUGCUCGGGGCUGGCCUGGUGGCUGGGGGCUGCCUGCUCAGCACUCAGGCCACCAGUGUCCCCUUCCUCUGCUUCUCCAUGGGCUUCCUGCUGGGGAUGGGCUUUGCCUGUCUGUACCAGGCAGCUGCAGUGAUGACGGCCAAGCGCUGCCGGGCUCACCUGGCCUUCUGCAACGCCCUGGCCCGCUCGGGCAUGGGGCUGACCUUCCUCAUGGCCCCCUUCACCCAGCUCCUCAUCGAGGCCUAUGGCUGGCAAGGUACUCUGCUGGUGUUUGGAGGAAUCAUGCUGAACCUGGUGCCUUCCAGCAUGCUGCUGUGGCCUGCCAGCCCCCAGCUGCCUCGGGAACCUGCCAGAAAUCCACACCGGGGGUCUUCAGGGGCAGAGAAGGAUCCAGAAGCUCCUGGUGGGUGUUCAGAUGGAAGCACUCAGAGGGAAUCACAGCUUCUCCAGGCACAGGAGGCUCCCAGCUCAGAGUCACUCGUGGUGCCCCAUGGCAGAGACGUCUCUGAGCCAGCCAGGGGAAGGCUGCAGAAACCCAGCCCGGAGAGCUCCUCCUCAGAACCCCCCAGCGGGGCCAGGAGAGGCCCCCAGCCCCCUGCAGCCACCAAAGAGGAACCUCCUCAGCCUCUGCUGGACUUCUCCCCGCUGAAGGAUCCCCUUUUCUUCAUCUUCACCUGGUCUUUCCUCUUCAGCCACCUGGCCUAUUUCGUGCCCUUCUUCCACCUGGUGGCCAGAGCCAGGACGCUGGGCCUGAGCAGCAGGGAUGGCUCCUACCUCAUCGCCGUGGCUGGUAGGCACAGGGACCCUCCCAGCCCAGCUCACAGAAAAACACCCCCAACUCUGUGUGAGCGCUGCGUUCCCGGUGUCACGGAGACGCUGAGCCAGCUGCUCUCGGGCUGGCUGGCCGACCGCAGCUGGACCAAGAGGUACCACCUGCACGUCACCUGGCUGCUGCUGAGCGGGGUCACCCACCUGCUGGGGCCGCUGGCCACCUCCCUGGCCCUGCUGCUGGCCUACGCCGCCGCCGCUGCCGCCUUCUGCGGGGGAUUCAUGGCCCUGGUGCUGCCUGUGCUGGUGGAUCUGGUGGGUGUGGAGAAGCUCCACAGCUACCUGGGGUUUGCUGCUUUCUUUGCAGGGAUAGCAGCCAUGGGAGGACCCCCUCUAGCAGGGUGGCUCUAUGACUACACCCAGACCUACGCCUGCUCCUUCCUCUUUGCUGGAGCCUGUGCUCUCAUCUCACCCAUCUCCUUCUUCUUCGAGCCUGCAGCCCAAAAAUGGAAGCUAAGAAAAGCCAAUUUGGACAAGAGCUGAGGUUUUAAAGGCUGGGCUUUGAUCACACCUACGUGGGACAGCCACUGCCUGCACUGGGAAGGAUCAACAGCAGCAAGACUGAAAACUGGAAUUUCUGGGUGUCAGAUUCAGUUUGGAUAGCUGGAAAUUUGUGCUGAUUAAAGCCAGCUGAGAAAUG